AUGUCCGCCACGAUGAGAUCGACCGGAUUGGUCCGCGGAACACCUGCUUUUCGGUCUGCGCUGAUCAACCGUAGUCGUUCCAGUGCACUAAGCCCGGCCUCCGUUGCAGCCCGAGGCCUUCUGCGAAAUGGCCGCGACCUACCAUCCCAAGUGUCGGCGCUUGCCAUUCUGAUCCCCCAGCAACUACCCUCCCCCGGGUUCAAUGCCGAGCAAGCCAAGAAGCCGAUCUCGCAAGACCAGAGCACGCAGUCACAAUCUACGGCUGCGAAGACCCAGCCCGCCGAGACACAAUCAACCGUUAGCAAGACCUCCGCUGGAGUUACAAAGACAACCCCGGAGGACCAGAAGUUGGCCGAAAAGAAGAGCGCGAAAAAGUUGACGCUUGGACAAAAGGUCAAGAAAGAGUUGCAGCACUACUGGGACGGCACAAAGUUGCUCGCCACCGAGGUCAAGAUUAGUUCGAGACUGGCAUUGAAGAUGGCCGGUGGUUAUGAGCUCAGUCGCCGAGAGCACCGUCAGCUCCAACGUACCACAAAGGAUCUCGGACGCCUGGUUCCAUUUUCGAUGUUCCUCAUCGUUCCCUUUGCCGAACUCCUGCUCCCCGUCGCCCUAAAGCUCUUCCCCAACAUGCUCCCCAGCACCUACGAGGGGCAGAAGGCCCGCGACACCAAGGCCCUGAACCUCAGCUCGACCCGCAAGGAAGUUUCUGGAUUCUUGCGCAACACCCUACGGGAGACCGGUCUACCCUUGACUGCUACCACUGUCAAGAAUGACGAAUUCACAGACUUUUUCCGCAAAAUCCGCACCACCGGUGAAACGCCCUCUACAGAGGAUAUCAUCAAGGUUUGCAAGAUCUUCAAGGAUGACUUGACCCUCGACAACUUGUCCCGACCCCAGCUGGUCGGCAUUUGCCGCUACAUGAACCUCAACUCCUUUGGUACCGACGCCAUGCUCCGAUACACCAUCCGACACCGCAUGCGCCAGAUCAAGCGUGAUGACCGCGCGAUCUUCUACGAGGGUGUUGAUUCGCUCUCCGUUCCAGAACUACAGAUGGCCAGCGCCUCGCGCGGAAUCCGCACACACGGCGUCUCCCCCGCGCGCCUGCGCGAGGAUCUCGGCAUGUGGCUCGAGCUGCGUCUCAAGCAGGGUGUUCCCUCAACUCUGUUGGUUUUGAGCAAUGCCUACCUGUACACGCAGGCAGGCAAGGAGUCUGAGAUGGCCUCGCAAAUCGAUGCGCUCAAGUCUGUGCUCUCCAGCAUUCCCGAGGAGUUGUUCCACGAGAUCGAGCUCGAGGUCCACAAUGCCGAGGGUGCUGCUACCAACAAGCAGCGUCUUGAGGUUAUCAAGGAGCAGGAGGACCUGAUCCAGGAGGAGAGCAAGCAGAACAGCGAGAAUGAAGGCAAGGGUGUUUCCGCGCCCAAGGAUAUCGAUGAUAUCGACGAGAAGGAGGAGGCCAGGAUUGAGGCCGCUGCCGAUGGCGCUAGACAGUCUGCUGAGGCUAAUGAGGCCAUGGCGGAAGGUGAGCGCGCCGAGAAGAUCCCCGAGUCCAAGGACGCCAAGAAGAGCGAAAGCGUGUAG